UUUUUUGUUACGUAAUAUAAAUUUUUCAAUAUAGCUACGAUUUUGUACGGGAACUAUUCGCAUGCCAGUACGGAUAAAUAUUAUUUCGAUAUUAAUAUGAAAGUUAUUAGAUAAAAUGAAGUUCACUGUAUUGGUUCAUACAACAAUUGUGAUUUCAAUUACAUUAGGACAUGCGAAUACAAUAUCAGGUACUGAGGUAGACGACGAGGAAUCAACAUGUAACCCUUAUAGCGCUCUUUUCAUGUGGUACAUGGGUAGUGGAGAAGAUAAUUCAUUUUUUCAACAGAUGAGGUUGUUGGUAAUGUUAAUAAGUGAAUUCCCUGAAAACACAAGUGUAUCUAUGAUAACAAUCGGCGCUAAAGAUGAUAUAACACUGUCUUUUAGGAAACAAGGCGGAAACACUAAUUGGAGUGACAAAAUUUUACAAUUGUCAGGAAACACUUCGAUUCAUGCAACCUCGUAUACAGAAAAAGUACGAAUGACAAUCUCAAACUUCCAUAGAAGUAAAUCAACUGACGCACAAAUUGUGUAUCUCCAAGUCGAUAGCAAAUCUGAAAUACACGAUGAAGAAAAUGGUUUUGAAGAGCUCAGCAAAAUGAAAACGUUUGUGAUAUUUGCAGAAGUAAAUACAAGUAUAGCAGAAACAUGGGUAAAACUUGCAAUCAAUACACAGCAUUUUGUCGUAUGGGAUAGUAGAAGCGAAGACGAAAUAGAGAAAACAAAGAAUAUUAUACUGGCCAGGUCCUGUCAAGAUUCCCUGUUUGUCUGUGAUACUGACAAUUACUGGUCAAGUGAUAGGAACAGAUGUAAUUCAUGCACGUACAUAUGUACAAGUACGUACAAGAGACAAACAGAGUAUUGCGUCAAUGCAUGCCCAUUUUUUCACCAAUCUCUACUGGGCAAUGAUGUUACUACUGGUGACGGUCUGAAUAAUGAAUCUGGUGACUUUCCCAAUUAUGAAUCAUCACAAAAACAUUCUGGAUAUGUAGGCUUUAUUUUCAAAUGGCUAUUUAUUAUUGCAAUCAUAGUAUUUACUAUUGCUGUAUGCAUGAAAAGAAAACAGAUAUCAAAGAAAUUAAGUUCUGCAAAGAAAUGGAAAGCUGAUUCUCUGAAAAGCAGACUAUAUCAUCCUCAAGCAGAGCAAAACAAUGACAUACAUUAUAACACACAUUCAUACGGUGUAUCAUCUGGACCUUUAGGCAUAUCUGGAAAUCUAACUUCAAGAGAUGAUCUCAGUGGAAAAUCUGAUAUUGAACUUAAAGUAAUGUCAUAUUAAAAUAAAAUGGUUGUAACGUUACAUCAGAUGUUCCAUCAAGAGAAAAGCUGGAAUAUCAUAACAAAGUAUUUACAUAACCUGUGUAAUAUUUUGUCCUAAAUUAAGCUUAGUAAUUUUAUUAUUUUCUUCAUUUUUGAUGAAAAAGAAUGAUUUUAUAUGUAGAUUUCAUGCAAACCGUAGUAGUUUUCUUAAAGAAUUUGUAAACUUAUCCUUCUUUUCAGUUGCUCUCGAAUAAAUGCUUAUUUCAUGUACAUUUUGAAUUCUAUUUGCAAGGUCAAACCAUUAAAUUUGUAGUUUGAUAAACCUACUUGGUGAUAUUUAUCUGCUUAAGUAGUAAAGAAAGCAAUUAAAAUCCUUAUAAUUGAAUAUAAUUACAAAAUACAGACACAUAGAGUGGUCAUAUUAAGCCUGUACCAGUGUGUUAUUUUUGUCACUUCUUGUAUUUUGAUCAAGUUUUUUUCUAUAAUUAUUAUUUUAUUAUUCAUUAUAUUUAUGUAUAUUUC